AUGCAAGAACAUGACAACAAGGUGAGUGGCACACUGGCAGAAUACAAUUUAUUGCAAAUAACAGCACUUUAUAAGCGUGGUGGUGGUGGCCAUGGUGGUGGUGGCGGUCAUGGAAGUGGCGGUGAAGGUGGAGGUUUUGGUCAUGGUGGUGCCGGUAGUGAUGGCCAUGAAGGAGGAAGUGGUGGCCACGGUAGUGGUAAAGGAUAUGGUAAUGAGGAAGGGCAAGGUGGUGGAAGAGGAGGAACAUAUCCAUUAUAUGUUGCAGCUGCAGGAAGAGAUCAUCCUCCGCCAAGGUUUGAAAACCUCGAAAAAAGGGGUCCAUACAGAUUUUCUCAUUAG